GUGUGUGUAUAUAUGAAUGAACAACACUUUUUAUGUUCUUCAUUUCAUUUCUUUCGGCGCAAAUUCACUUGCUCUUAGCUUAGGGCAAACUCACUGAUUCUUUCCUCCAUUUUUACUCUCUCUCUCUAACUCUCUUUCUCUCUCCUCUCUUCCAUUGAUAAUCAAUCAAGCUUCAGCAAUGGUGGAAGCCAUGGAUAUACUCAGAGCGAACCUCUCUCGCGUUCGGAUUCCUGAACCUACCAAUCGCAUCUUCAAGCAUGAAUGUUGCGUUUCUUUCGAUACUCCUAAAUCGGAAGGUGGAUUGUAUGUCGAUAUGUCUUCAUUCCUUGCCUUUGGGAAAGAUUUCGUGCAAUGGAACUAUGAAAAGACUCGGAAUCCGGUUUAUCUACACAUUAAGCAGACAAAGAAGGUGGUUGCAGAAGAUAGGCCUUCAAAGAAGCCAACUAUUUUGGCUAUUGGUGUAGAAGGGGGUUUUGGUAGUGGUGAACCUGAUUAUGAAGAAUCAUAUAGCAUCGUGAUAUUGCCAGACUAUGCUAGUCUUCCAUUCCCCUCAGUGGAGUUGCCAGAAAAGGUAAGGUUGGCAGUUGAUGCAAUUUUGUUGGCCGAGGAUGCUGAGCGAAAAGAGCAAGUUGCAGCCUGGGUAGCUGAGAAGCAAGUCAGUGCAUAUGCCUUGGGUUUGCCACAGAUUGACAAUGGCAUUGUUGUUCCUCCAUCUGGGUGGAAAUGUGCAAAGUGUGAUAAAACAGAUAAUCUCUGGUUAAAUCUAACUGAUGGAACAAUCCUUUGUGGUAGAAAAAAUUGGGAUGGUACUGGUGGCAACAACCAUGCUGUUGAACAUUACAAUGAGACAAAAUACCCUCUUGCUGUGAAGCUUGGCACAAUAACUGCUGAUCUGGAAGCAGCAGAUGUUUUCUCUUAUGCGGAGGAUGAAAGUGUCAUUGACCCGCUUCUUUCACAGCAUUUGGCACAUUUUGGGAUUGAUUUUUCUUCAUUGCAAAAGACUGAAAUGACCACUGCUGAAAGGGAGCUUGACCAGAAUACAAACUUUGAUUGGAACCGGAUUCAAGAAAGUGCUGAAGCACUUCAGCCAAUAUUUGGCCCAGGCUACACUGGACUUGUCAAUCUUGGCAACAGCUGUUAUCUGGCAGCAACUAUGCAAGUAGCAUAUACAGCACAUGCUUUUAUGUCUAGAUAUUAUGCAAAUCAAAGCUUGAAAAGUGCUUUUGAUGCUGCUCCUGCUGAUCCAACGGUGGACCUGAACAUGCAGUUGGCCAAACUAGGUCACGGAUUGCUAUCUGGGAGAUACUCAAUUCCAUCAUCAGAGAAACAGGAAGGCAUUCCUCCUCGGAUGUUCAAGACAGUUAUUGCUGCCAGUCAUCCAGAAUUUUCUACCACGAGACAGCAGGACGCAUUAGAGUUUUUCCUGCAUCUUCUAGAACAAGUUGAGCGGGUUAAUGCAGGGAAUCCAAAAUUGGAUCCCUCGAGAAACUUUAAAUUCGGUAUUGAAGAUAGAAUUCAGUGCCCAUCUGGAAAAGUUACCUAUAAUAGGCGAUCUGACUACAUUCUUUCUCUCAAUAUCCCAUUGCACGAAGCUACAAAUAAAGAUCAAUUAGAAGCGUUCCAGAAAUUAAAAUCUCAAGCAGAAUCUGAAGGAAAAGAAAUGGCUGCCGGUGAAGUAGUUCGUCCAAGGGUGCCAUUAGAAGCUUGCCUAGCUAGUUACUCAGCUCCUGAGGAGGUGAUGGACUUUUUCAGCACUGCAUUGAAGGCUAAGACUACGGCAACGAAAACUACUGGUCUAACAUCCUUUCCUGAUUAUCUGGUCUUGCACAUGAGAAAAUUUGUUAUGGAAGAUGGAUGGGUGCCGAAAAAGCUUGAUGUCUACAUUGAUGUACCUGAUAUUAUAGACAUAAGUCACAUGCGGAGCAAUGGCCUUCGGCCUGGAGAAGAGCUUUUACCUGAAAGUGCAGGUGAUGCUGAAGCAGAAUCUACUAGACUUGUAGCCGAUGAGCUAAUUGUUUCUCAGCUUCUCUCCAUGGGCUUUGGCCGAUUACCUUGUGAGAAAGCUUCCAUAUUUACUAACAAUGCUGGAGUUGAAGAGGCAAUGAACUGGCUGCUUACUCACAUGGAUGAUUCUGAUAUCAAUGAUCCUAUAUCACAUACAUCUCAAAAUGCUGCUGUUUAUGUUGAUCCAUCAAGUGUUGAAGUAUUGAUUUCAUUUGGUUUCCAAGAAGAACUUGCUCGGAAGGCUCUUACGGCUAUGGGUGGAGAUAUUGAAAAAGCAACUGACUGGAUAUUUAACAAUCCUGAUGCUUCAUCUACCUCAGACAUGGAUACAUCGAGCAGUGGUGCUGCAGCUGCUGAUGCCGAGCUACCAGAUGGGUCAGGAAGAUACCGGCUUCUUGGAUUUGUGAGUCACAUGGGAACUUCAACUCAUUGUGGUCAUUAUGUUGCUCACAUCUACAAAGAUGGUAAAUGGGUACUGUACAAUGACGAGAAAGUUGGAGCUUCUGUCAAUCCUCCAAAGGAUAUGGGAUACUUGUACUUCUUUGAGAGACUGGCUGAUUGAUGAUGUUUGCAAGUCCAUAUUCAACAGAUCAUCUGGUCUUUGAUAGAUCUAGCUGUUAGCUUCGUGAUUGCUGAAGGACUAUCAUCUUCCAAAUUUAAUUGGCUCCGUGAUACAGUCUGCUUGAAAUCUCAUUCAUUUCCGAGUUUGUGUCAACGUUCUAGGAAUGCAAAUUUCUAUUACACAUCGCGGGCAGAAAAAAAAAAGGUUAUGCUGACAAAUUUUGCUAUAUUCUCUGCUUAUAUGAGACAGGAAGUAGCUUCCUUGGGAAGGAUAGUUGACAAACUGCUACCUUAGAUUUUAGCGAACAUUUAUAGUGAAAUUGUAUUCAGAGUGUCAAUUGUAGUGAAUUUUUGAGUUUAUAGCAAACCUUGCAAUUGGACUUGUUAUCAAUUGCGACAUAACACACAAGUAAAAGGCUGAAAGCUAGCUCAAGGCUGAUUCUUUGUUUAGAUUGAAUUGCUAUGUUUGGUUUACAAAUUUGAAUCGGUUAUGUUAAACGAUUUUGCUGUGGCAUCUCAAGAACAAUUUGUUUGGCAGGAACUUUACGUUGUAAAUACUCCCUAACUUGUUCUAUUCAAGAUCACUCUAUAUAAUUUUGGAUGCGAAA